AGCUUCAAUCGGGCGGUACGUGGGGAGAGGGAAAGCACGCGGGGCUUUCGCCCGUGAGCGGGGCUUUCGCCAGCGGAGCCGAGGAAGGUGCCAUGGAUGUUCUGCCCAAAGGCAGCUUCCUCUUUGCAUCCGAGGCAACCACGGAAGGGCACCUGGACCGGCUCUGCGACUUGGUCUGCGAGGCCGUGUUGGACGCCUGCCUGGCGCAGGACGACGAGUCCAAGGUCCAGCUGGAGGCUUGCGCCAAGUCUGGGCAGUCGGGUAUGGUGAUGAUCCUGGGGGAGGUGGUCAGCAAGGCGAGUGUACAGUACGAGCAAGUCAUCCGGGAGGCGGUGAAAGCUGUGGGCUACGAUAGCGAGGAGAAGGGCCUGGAUUGGAGGACCAUCAAUGUCAUCGUAGCCGUGGAGGACCAGGGCCCGGACAUCACCGCGCCCUUGGCUGGACAGCGGCAACUGGCAGAUGACCAGGUGGUGGUGCAGGGCUAUGCCAGCGACGAGACUCCGGAGCUGAUGCCCUGCAGUCAACUUCUGGCGCAGGAGCUCUGCACCAAGAUGGACACCCUCAGGAGAGAGGGCACUCUGGCUUGGCUGCGGCCAGACGCUCGAGUGCAGGUAACAGUGAAGUACAACACCGACGCCGAAGGUGGCCUGGUGCCGCUGAGGGUGCACAGUGUGGCCAUCGUCUACGGCCACCUCUCAGAGGUGAAGCCCGAGACGGCGGAGAAGGACCUCCUGGAGAAGGUGGUACAUGCAGUGGUUCCUGAACGACUUUUAGACAGCGACGUUCAGUUCCUCUUCACCCCCCGGGCGCGCCGGGGGGACGCGGGCCUCUCGGGCCGGCGCUUUGUCACGGAGAGCUACGGCGGCUGGGCGGCCGCAGGCGCCGCCCCGGGGAGGGACGGCUCCGCGCCGGCGCGCUGCGGCGCUCUCGGGGCACGCUGGGCCGCCAGGAGCCUGGUGAGCGCCAAGCUCUGCCGCCGGUGCCUGGUGCAGCUUCGCUACACCGCCACCGAGUCGGCGGUGCAGGUGCAGAGCUUUGGCACCGGCCGAUCCGACGCGGAGCUCUCGCAGAUCCUGGCGCAGAGCUUCGACUUCCGGCCCAGCGCCUUGCAUCAGGAGCUGGGAGCCCGGCGCUCCGGCGAGGUUCCCUGGGAGAAGCCCAAGGCGCUGUGAGGCCCGACUUCGCGCUCGAACCGAGCUGCGGCAGGGAA